AUGAACAGAUCGAGACACAUGGGCAAGAUCCGAAGGCGGCUGGAGGAAGUCAAGAACUGGUCGUUCCGGCUGGCAAAAGUGGACUUUAGCCACAAUGAAAGUGUGCGGAUGGCCACCGAUGCCCUCCUGGAUGGCGGGUUCCCAUCCUACUUGAAGGCCUUGGAAGAUGAGGGGGAGGUGGACUUCCUCUCUACAGUGGAAGCCCAAUACAUCAAGAGGAAUGCCAGGGAACCGUACUACUCCAGCGAUGCACAUGCGGAUGGGGACGCUGGGCCACGGCAGGGUAACGAUGCCCGCUCUCUCCCAUCAGGAACGUACUUCCCCCUUGUCUCCGAGAACAGUGAACCAGCCCUUCUUCACACAUGGAUUGCGGCAGAGAAGCCCUACCUGAAAGAGAAGUCGAGUGCUACGGUAUAUUUCCAAACAGACAAGAACAGCAAUAUUAGGGACUUGAUCCGCCGCUGCAUCAACAAGACCUGUCAGGUUUUGGCCAUACUGAUGGAUGUUUUCACUGAUGCUGAGAUCUUCUGCGAUGUCUUAGAAGCAGCCAACAAGCGGAAGGUGUUUGUCUACCUGCUGCUCGAUCACAGCAACCUAAAGCUCUUCACCGAGAUGUGUGACAAGCUGCACAUUGCAGAGGGCCAGUUCAAGAACAUUUCUGUGAGAAGCGUUACGGGGGAGGUUUACUGUGCCAAAUCUGGCCGAAAAUUCUCAGGGCAAAUCCAAGAAAAAUUCAUCAUCUCAGACUGGAGAUGUGUUCUGUCUGGAUCGUACAGCUUCACGUGGCUAUGCGGCCAGGUCCAUCGGAAUAUCCUCUCCAAGUUCACGGGCCAGGUGGUGGAGCUCUUUGACGAAGAGUUCCGCCAUCUCUACGCCAUGUCCAAGCCCGUGGCAGGGCUCAGGCCUCCGUCCCACACGUCACUCUUCUUGCUCAGCAAAAGCACCGCCGCCACGCAAGGCAGCCUCAGCAACAGCAGCAGCAGCCAGGGGAGCGUCCACACCCCCUCCGACCCGUUCAGCUGCCUGUCCAACAACAGCGUCACGCCAAGCCGGCCACCUGCCCAGACUCCCGUUUACCGUGGCCAGACCGUGUCGCCGUCGCCUCUCAACAGGGUCCACUCUUUCCACGGCUACACCACCUUCAUGACCACCCCACCGCCAAACGGCAUCCAGGUCAACUACUACCACCGUCAGUACAUCACCGAUUCCCCGACAGUCCUUUACAACAACGUGAACAUUUACAGGCCCAUGAGAGUAAGACAAGAGGAAUUUAGUAGGGCACGGAUGAACCCAGUCUGGCGCUGCCUUCACAAAGCCAACCUGAUUGGAUGAUUUGCAGCCAGGUGACUUGUAUCUUCCAUUGCUGUGAGCAUGAAUGGUUUGGGUAUGGUCAGAGGAGGCAGCAUGAUCCUCCUGCCUGGCGGCUGAGGUCCUCUGAGAGGCGCUCUUGGUGGUCCCACAUGGGUCAGAGAUCCAUUUGGAAACCACCAGGAGUAGGGCCUUCAGUGUGAUGGCUCCCACCCUCUGGAACGCCCUCCUGAGAUCAGGAAUACACCUACGCUAGUUAGUUUUCGGCAUUUGCUGAAAACUUUUCUUUUCGGGCAAGCAUUUCCUGACAAAUGACAAACUUACACCCGAUUUUAUUGAUGUUCCUGUUUUUAUUGUAAUUUUUGUUUUUGUAUUUUCUUUUUUUCUACAUGGCUCCAAUAACUUUUGCUGUGGAGUGGCUUUUAAAUUCA